AUGCCCGUAAAAUACCGACGCAUGGCAGACUUCCAUGAGUACUACAGUGGUACCCGAACUGCGCCGUACCUUACCAUCUUCAUCGGAGGGAAUCAUGAAGCAAGCAACCAUCUCUUUGAACUCUAUUAUGGCGGAUGGGUCGCACCAAACAUCUACUACCUGGGAGCUGCCAAUGUCAUCCGAUUGGGACCCCUCAGAAUCGCUGGGCUGACUGGAAUUUGGAAAGGAUACGACUACCGCAAACCUCACUUCGAGCGCCUUCCAUACAAUCAGGAGGAUAUAAACAGCAUCUAUCAUGUUCGAGAGAUCGAUGUCAGAAAACUGUUGUCUCUCCGGUCCCAGGUCGAUAUUGGCCUUUCGCAUGACUGGCCACAAGGAGUCGAACACCACGGAGACUAUAAAUGGCUCUUCCGGAAAAGACGCGACUUCGAGGCCGACUCAUCGGUUGGGAAGCUUGGGAGCGCAGCUGCACGACAGUGUUUGGAUCGACUGCGGCCGCCGUAUUGGUUCUCGGCACAUCUCCACACUAAGUAUGCUGCCGUAUACUCACACGAGGAGAGUGAGGUAUCCCAACAUGGAAGCUUUCGUUCGGCUGGCGGUUUCAUCGAAGAACUCUCCGGCAAUGUCACUCCACGCCCAGAAGACCGACAACAAGUGUCAGCAUGGCAACAAUUCCAGGAUCCUGCUCAGCAAGACGAUGCCGAACAAAGAGCCACGAUUUCAGAGGACCAAGAGACGAAACUGCAACAAGAAGGACAACCUGGUGCCGCUUCUACUCCCCAAUACUCAUAUGAUGAGACGUUCAACAAAAUCGGCAGGGAAAACGGUCUCGAGCGUACGGUGCUGAUGACAUCUCGAAGUCGAUUCUCUUCGGAGGAUCCGGACCCAAUUCCCAAUCUCGACGGGUGCUUCUACUCAAGACCUUCCAAAAGACAGCGCGUAGAAACUGGGCCAUCAGAUCCUGCAUCGGAUCUGCCUAGCACCGAAAAUCGAGCAGACACCACUGGGGAUCAAUUGGAUGGCGCUAAAGCGAGUGUGCCUGAACCCGCCAAACCCGUGGUGGCCAACCCAGACGCCAUCGAUAUUGACAUGAGCGACGACGACGAGUCUACCACGGUAGCCAUUGAGGACACAGCUGCAUCUCGAAGCAAGCCUCUUCAAAUCUCUAGUGAGACAGCUAAAAACGCCGAUAUUGAUACAGUUAAGAAACAUGACAUCUCCCACAGUCUAUCAGAAGAGAGCGAGGAUGGUGGCGUCAAGCUGAAUACGCCUUCCUCACCCUUCACUCCAAUGCCCAGCAUCUCUUCCCUGCGACACGAAGUACACAGCUCACAUGAUUCGAUCGAGUCAUCCACGACAUUGUCUGAUGCCGAACAGAAGCCACCUUCCGCACCGUUCGAUUCACAACCGCUUCCCAGCCGAAGUGCCGGAGGCCUUCCAGAACAGUCUCACAGUGACAAGAAACCAGACACGGAGCCGCAGGUGGUGCAAAGCAACGACGAUGUGCCCCAGGAAUUAAAAGACCAGCUGGCGGCGCUAUCACACAAUUUCGUCAAGAAGGCACCAGUUGAAGUCUCUGCACCACUACCAUUUCCGGAGGACAUCACCAACAAAACGACCUACUUCCUGGCCCUUGGAAAAUGCGAAAUGUACCAGGAAUUUCUCCAGCUUCUUGAAAUCCAAUCGAUAACAUCCCCUGAGGAGGAGAUCAAACGCCCUCUCAAGCUUUCCUACGACCCAGAAUGGCUCGCAAUCCAACGAGUGUUUGCCUCUGAGCUCCAACUCGGCGGGUCUCCCAAGGACAGAGUUCCACAACACCGCGGAGACACGUACUACCGUGACCGAAUCACGGAGGAGCAGGAAUGGGUCACUGAGCACGUAGUCAAGCCAGGUAAACUGCAAGUUCCGGAGAACUUCAGUGUAACAGCCCCCUUGUAUGACCCACGUCUACAGGUCGCGCCAGAGGAGAUGCCGCGCGAGGUGACGAACCCGCAGACGAGCACGUACUGCGACUUGAUUGGGAUCGAAAACAAAUUCGACAUGAGUGAACAAGAGAGAGAUUCCCGGGUGCAGCAGGGCCCGAGACCCGAGAGUUCUGAGUUCCAGGCAUACCACAACCGCCCACGUGAGCAUGGACAAGGCGGGGGGAGGGGUCGUGGAAAUCAUCGCCGCGGCGGUGGUGGAGGAGGCAACAGAGCGAGAGGGAGAGGGAGGGGAAGAGGACGACGAUUUUAG